GUUGAUUUUUCUCACAACUCAUCGAUUCUUCUCCAUAAAACGCAAUCACCGAAAGAGGUGGAAAAGGCAUUGAGUGGUGUUACGGUUUCUGCCUCCUCCGAUAUGCUGUCUCUGUUCUCACUCAUGAAAAUGGAUAAAGCUCAUGAGCAAUGCACGUUGGUUGUGAUCACUGAUGGACGAUCGUUCACUCCGGAAGAAAUGAAGUACAGCCAUAUUCCUGAAUGCCGUGUCAUCUUUGUGAGUGUUUUGGAUGAGGUUUAUACGGAUGAAAAUCAAAUCACACGUUUCGUAAUUAUAUCAGCGUUGAGUGUCGGUGUGGAUGUUACGAGCUCAGUGGAUGCAGCAGCCGCACUCUUCAUGCCGUUGUUUGUGUCCGAAUUCGCAGAUCUGGCCACUUUCAGCGCUGCAGUCACUGCACAAAUUUGUCCGCCAUCAGAUUUCACCCUUCGUUGUGGUCUUUUAUCAUCGCCAAUUGAAGUAUUUGCUCGAUAUUUUUCUUUUCAUUUGUCAAAUAAUCUUUGUUGA